AUGGCGACUACGGACCCUCUUCCUGGUGAAAACGAGGAUGACUCUGUGGACUACGGCCUCGAUGACGACCCCUCGCAAUCUGGCCAGGAUGGCUCCCCCGCCGACCCCAAGCUCGGCCAGUCCUUGCCUAUGCAGAAGCGACGACGAGUUGGUCGAGCCUGCGAUGAAUGCCGUAGAAAGAAGAUCAAAUGUGAUGGGAAACAGCCCUGCACGCACUGCACGGUGUACAGCUAUGACUGUACGUACGAUCAACCGUCCAACCGCCGUCGCAACCCUGCCCCGCAGUAUGUAGAGGCCCUUGAAGCCCGUAUGCACAAGGCCGAGGCCAUUAUCCGAACCCUCCUUCCUGAUGUCAACCUCGAUGACCCCCAACUGGAUGUGCAUGCGGUCAAGCAGCGACUCGCAGCCCAGAGAGAGAAGCAGAUCCCCCCUCAGACUCCUCUACAGGGGCCUGCAGCGGCACCAAAACCGGCCAGCCUACCAGAAGCAGGCCCAGAGGGCGGGGAAGAAGGCCUGCUAGAGACUAUGGUCGAUAACUCGGGCUGUUUGGAUCGCGAUGACCAGGGCCACUGGGACUACCAUGGCCACACGUCGGGCAUUAUUUUUGUUCGCCGCUUGCGCAAACAGCUGGGCGCCGCCGAUGUCCCGAUCACCAAACCAUCGCGCAAUAUGACUCAAAUGCUCGAGAGCCCCAUCUCCGCCUCAGGUUCGCCCCAAGAUGGAUCACUGCCACCCACGCACGACCUGCCCCCACGGGUGGUUGCGCGCCGCUUGUGUCACAAUGCGAUCGACGAUGCGUGCUCUUUGAUGCGCUUCGUGCAUGAGCCAUCGUUCUUCGCUAACCUCGAGCGCAUCUACGAUACCCCGGCCGAUCAGUUUACGAACGAGGAGAACUCAUUCUUACCACUUCUGUAUAUUGUUAUGGCGGUCGGUUGUUUGUUCUCCGACGACGGUGUCGGCACUUUGGAUUUGGCCGGCUACGAAGGUGCCAUUGGCCAAGGAUUCCAGUUCUUCAAAGCAGGACGACAGCUGCUUGAAGUCACUGAUUGUCGCGAUCUGACCUCUUUACAAGCAAUCUGCUUUAUGGUCCUCUUCCUGCAAUCUUCGGCCAAGCUGAGCACCUGCUAUUCCUAUGUGGGUAUUGCGCUCCGCUCGGCCCUUCGAUUGGGGCUUCACCGCACGGUCACGGCGGACUUCAAUCCGGUCGAGCGAGAGCUGCGGAAGCGCAUCUUCUGGGUGAUUCGCAAAAUGGACGUCUACGUUAGCACGCUCUUGGGUCUUCCUCAGAUGCUGAGUGAUGAUGAUAUAGAUCAGGAGUACCCGAUGGAAGUCGAUGCAGAGUUUAUUACCGCGGAGGGUAUCAUCCAGAUGCCGUCCGACCAUACUCCUCUAAUGGCAGGAUGUAAUGCGCAUACGCGCCUAUGCAACGUCAUUCUGAAGGUUGUCAAAUACAUUUACCCGGUGAAGAACGCCCGGUAUCGCUCCAAAUUUGACCAGCGAUACAUGGUCAGUCAUUCUAAGAUCCGCGAAAUUGAGCGUGAUCUUCAAACCUGGAUGGAAGAGCUACCACCAGCCCUGCGUCCUGGCACGGAAGUCUCGCCACAGCUGGAACGAAUUCGUCAGUUGCUGCGUAUCAGUUACGCCCAUGUCCAGAUGGUCAUGUACCGGCCUUUCCUGCACUACGUUACUGGCGGGUCUCAGGCACGUGGUGUGGAUAAGCGUUCCUACGCCUGCGCUGCAGCUUGCGUGAGCGUGUCUCGGAACAUUGUUCAUAUUACGACUGGGAUGCACAAGCGGGGUCUUCUCAAUGGAUCAUUCUGGUUUACGAUGUAUACGACUUACUUCGCUAUAUUGUCGUUGAUUUUCUUUGUGGUCGAGAACCCCGAUUCACCCACCGCGAAGGACGGUGUCCUGAAGGAUGCCAUGGAGGGCAAAAACACUCUGGCCGGAUUGGCUAAGAAGAGUAUGGCGGCUGACCGCUGCUCUCAGAGUUUGAACUGCUUGUUCAAGACUUUGCCAGAGAUGUUGAAGAACCGUCAAAGCUCUAAACCCCAGGUCAAUCUUAAGCGACGCGCGCCAUCUAUCAUCCCCGCCGAGGAGCCUACCAGCGCUCCAUCGCGACAAAACUUACCCACUCGCUCGAACACCUUCCCGACCGAGAUGAUGGCUCAGUUGAGCACAUCGGACUCGGGUCGCCGACAAAGGAGCUUGGACAAGACCAGGGUCAUCAGUGACAACCAGCCCACCGAUAAUGGCACCCAAUCUGCCUGGAUGGCUUCGACCCCGGAGCUGCUCACGGAAACCAUGCAAACGCCGGAGCCGAUGUCUGCGACAUCAAUGAAUCAUUCCUUUGCUAACCCAGAGUCAUCAAGUCUGGCCUGGGCUCAACAAUUCAACAACCCGGACAACCUUCCCGACCUCAUGCCUAUCAUGUUCCCAUCCGACGAUCCCUUCGCAUAUCCCACACAGCCCAUGUCCACGCUUGAGGAUGAUCAUUUCCGCCGCGAUCACACAGGCAUGCAUUUCUCGUUCGACUCAAAACCGCAGCAGCCACCCGGACUGGGCACAAACACCCCCAGUGAUCCGUCGGGAACAAGUGUCUCCACACCGACUUUCGAUACUUUUCCCAAUCUGUCCAACUUCCCCGUCGGAAACACAUCGGGAGUAAAGUCGUCGAUUCCAAGCCGACUUCAGGCUAACAAUACUCAGUCAAUGAGCUCUUCGCGACUCCACUCGCCGAUAUCUCAGACGAGUGAAACUUUGAGCAGCCCAGAUUUGGUCUCAAUUCCGAACCAGAACUUCGUGUGGGAAGGAUACAACUUCCAACCAACUAAUGCCACUACAAACGCCAAUAUGGGACCCGAGACGACGAUACAACAAGAUCAGCCGCCCCUCAAUGGAAUGCAAGAUAUCAACAUGGGGCUUGACGAUAACACAAUGGCAAUGAACAUGGACCUCGGCAUCUCCUUCGACGACCUUUUCGGAAACGACGCCACCUGUCGACCUGGACCGCGGGCGACCAACGAUGAAUGGACGCAGUGGAUGAAUGCCGGCCCUUAA